CUGACUCGUCGCGCGCGCGCACACACGCACACGAACACCGUUCGCGGAUUUGCACCGCGAGUUGUACCGUCUUACAGACAGUCGUCGCACACGACAUCGUCGAAUAUAAUAAUAUUGUAAUCGUCGUAGCUUCGCCGUGCGAUUUUUUUUUUUUGAUUUGUUUAAUUUUGAAAAUCGUUUUGUUUCGUUUUGUGCGUUUUCGAUAUAAUAUUUUCCGUCUACGUAUACCUAAUAAUAUAUUAUGAUAAUGUACUACCGCCGACGAGUGUCGUUGUUCUCGUGGUCGUCGCGGCCGUCGACGCUGCCGUCUUGUUCCGAUCGCGUCGCAAUCGCCGUUUCCGGUCAAUAAUAAAUAGUUAUACUGCUGCAGGUGUAUUAUAUUAUUAUAUACCUCGUACCCGUAACACCGUAUAGAUUUAGUAUCGGCUGUAGUAGCCGGUAAUAUCAUCACGUCACAUACACAACACGUCGUACAAUAAACCGCCGCCGCCGCCCUUAGUGGACCGGAUGUGAUUACUCAUUCAAAAUUGGCCGUGUUAAGCAGAACCCCGUCCGUGUAGCAGCCACCGGCGAGACCAACUCGUUGGACUCGCACAAGGAUAUGCUGAAUAGUGAACCGUCGUCUGAGUUAGACAAGCAGCAACAGCGCAACUCGCAGACAGAACAAGUGAAGAUGGCCGCCACUGAAGCCGGAAGCCCGAGACGACUGGGACUCAAUCUCAAUCUUAGCGUACAGCCGCACGCUGCCGCAUAUCACUGGCCACACUCGACAGUGGCCGAAGACACGUCACCAUCCCGGUCUAAGGGCUGCACGGACGACGAUGACGACGAAGAUGACGAAGACGAUCGUGACAUGGACGACCGUGAUAUGGAUGACGAUGACAUUAUGAUGGACUGUCGGCAAGACGAGGAUUGCUCGCCCGAGGACGAGCAAGACAUUUUGGAAAUGCAGCGAGAGGAACGCGAAACCCUCAACCAGCUCGCCAGACAGUUGGCGUCCGGUUCGCGACUUAUCACUCCCAUGCUCCAACAUCUAGUGUAUCAACACCCAGGGUUGUCCGUACAACCGUCGCCGAUACACCAGCAACAACUGCAACAACAGCCGUCCUCCGUGGCCGUGUCAUUGACAACGGCCGCGCUCAACAGACACGCGACAGCGGCCGCUGCUGACCUGUCGCCCAAGUCCAGCCACUCGGGCGACGUGCCAAUGUCCGGCGGUCGUUCUACCGAAGUCCAGUCACCGUCCGCGGCCCGUAAUAAUGAGGCGCAGUCAUGGACGUUCGAAGAGCAGUUCCGACAGUUAUACUCGGCCGGCAGCGAAUCCGACAGACGGACCUUUCUAGACUCACUGUUCAGUUUUAUGCAAGAACAAGGAACUCCAAUUAGCCGUCUACCUAUCAUGGCCAAACGUGUGUUAGAUCUGUACACCCUGUACAAGUUGGUUGUCCAGAGAGGUGGUAUCGUCGCGGUCAUCACCAAAAAAUUGUGGCAAGAGAUCAUCCGAGGCCUGGGAUUACCCCCUUCUAUAACGAGUGCCGCGUUCACAUUACGCACACAAUACGUUAAAUAUUUGUACGCGUACGAGUCACGAAUGAAUCAGUUCAGUACGUUGGACGAGCUGAACAUGGCUAUAGCGGGCAAUCGGCGCGAGGGCCGGCGGAACAAGUCGCUCAUGUACUCGGACAUGCCGCCACCGCCGCCCGGUCACCCGCACCACCAUCACCACGGUCACCACCAGCAAGUGCACGGCGGUCACCAGCACCCGAUGAUGGGCGGCGGCGGCGGCGCUCCGCCGCAGUCGUCUCCGCAGCAACAACAGCAACAGCAACAACAGCAGCAGCACCAGCAACAGCAACAGCCGCCUUCGUCCCAUCACCAUCACCACUACGCCAACGUGCUGGCCGCCGAGGAUCGGUUCCGGCACCUGGCCGCCGCCAUCAUCGACAAUCACCAUCACGCGGCCGCGGCCGCCGCAGCAGCCGCCGCGGCCGGCGUCGGCGUCGACCACCCCAGACUGCGGAUGCAAUCGUGCAGUCCGCCGCAGCACCAGCAACAGUUGCAACUGCAACCGGAGUGCAAGACGCAGUCCGCUGUCGCGUUGCACCAGACACCCCGAUCGCCGGCCGCCGGACUUCCGCCACCGCCUCCCAUGCCGCCGUCGUCGCUGUUCAACGGCCACCAGCCGCCGUCGUUCCAACACCUCCAUCAACAGCAGCAACAACAACAUCAGUCCAACGCCGUCCAGUCUAACAGCGAGCAGACAAACAAACAGAGAGAACUCCUUAGCAUGCUCAUGUGGAUGGACAUUGUCAGAGCGAACCAAACUGCAAUGCCGAGACUACCCAUUUCAAGUUUGCCAUCCAGUCCGUCGGCUGCUGCUGCCGCGGCGGCGGCCGCUUAUUCGGCGGCCGCGGCGCUGAACCUCACUCCCGCGUACAAAGGACAGCAGCAGAUGUCUGCCGCGGUCGUCGUGCCGGAACAGAGCGAAGCGCUGAACUUGGGCAAAAAGAGGAUGUCGAACAACAACAACAGUGAGGACGAGGACGGCGGCGGCGACCGUCCGGACGACGAGUACGACCGCGGCCGACGCGAAUCGGUUAAACGUAUCAAAACGGAACGGUCUUCGCCGCCGGUCAGCGGUUGUUCCAGCGACGACGAAAAGGCCGCGGCCAAGGCGACGAGCAACGGUAGCCCGUCGCCGCCGCAACCGUCGUCGGCCGCCGCCUCCGACGACGUCGCGUACCGGUCGGACACGACGCGCGACUCGUCGCCGAUCGACGAGGACGUGGUCGAGAUGGACAUCAACACGUCGCCUUCGGCCGGUUUGUCCGGCAACAAUGGCUUGGCGAUUUCCGUAACGCGCAGAACGAAAAAUGGCGUGUACAUGGGUCAACUCACCAAGAACAACGCAUUGAUCAACGGAGGAUUGAACAACAACGCAAAUCCGUUCGUCUUGCACUUGAACGGAGAUCUAUACACCGGACAAUUACAAUUGCAACAGCAGCAGAUGGCCAACAACUGAAGACGCGAUAUUUCUCUCGCACCGGCCAUCGGCGAAGUGCUCGCGUGCAAAAAAUGAUAAAUUCGUCUGAUUUAGAAAUACUAUGCCUAUAUAAUACACAUAUUAUUAUAAUUUAUACUGUGUAAUUUUAAUAUAAUUUUGACGUCGAAAUAAAGAGACAUACCACGCCCAUUGCCUAUACCUACACAUCAUAAUAUAAUAACGGUAUAGGUACACUGCGGCGCAUUGGCUGACUCAAAGACGAAAAAUAUAUUUAUUUUUUCUUUGCUAAUAUCUUUUGACUGAUUUUAUAUUUGGUGUUAAUAUUUCGAUAGCACAUUAUAGAAAAAAUGUUCCGUUUACUAAAUAUCGAAUUGUAUUCGUUAUCGUAGGUGUUAUUGUAUUAUGUCGAUCGGUAACCGUAGUAUUACGUCACACUCGCGUUUUUUCAAAAAUAUUGUCAUAUAUUAGUAUUCAAUGUAAUGUAAUUCGUUUUCAGUUUAGUUCGAAUAAUACUUUUCUACUAAAACGUUUUUGUAUACGCGUUUGGGUUUGAGAUAAAUAGGAAGUUUGAUAUUUACACACUGUAUGAUUCAAUAUUAUAUAAACAAAUUGAAAAAAAAAAUAAAAAGUUUGUGUAUGUAUAUUCAGUAGCAUAAUAUAUUCAGUGUAUAGUGUAGUUAUUUUGAAGUUUAUUGUACGACUUGUGUUUCGUCAAAAGUUUCUUUUUAUAGAUUGAUAAUAAUUGUAUUACACAUUUAUACGAUCUCGUCGGAUUGUAUAUGUAUGUCUGUGUGUGUGUGCGUGCUUAUGUAUAUGUUUGUGUGUGUAAAAGUAUAUAUUGCGUAUAAAUAUAUUAGAACGCGUAAACCGAAAUCGGAAGGGUUUGGAAAGACUUUUUGUACAUAAAAAAUUCAAUUGUAAAAGUUUUUUUUUUUGUCGAAUCAAUUUUGGUCAGCUGUAAGGUUUGUCUGUGACAGCAAUAAGACCUAAAUAAGAAAAAAAACAUUUACUGAAUCAUAAAAUAGGAUUUCGUUAAAAAAUAAACGAAAUUCAACAGUCGUUCGGCUUCUCGUGAUUUUGUACAUUAUAUAGGUACCUACACAUAGUAUUACGUAAUAUAACUAUAUAUUCAAAACCAUAUGUACAUAUAAUAAUAUAAUAAUAUUAUUAAAACUACAUUAUACGAUAUGAUUACAAUGUCGUGUACGUUAAAUUUACUAUUGAGUGGUUUUUAGCUAUAUAAGUAUAGAAAUUGAUCGAUUUAUCGUGUGUCUAGUGUAUUAUUCGGUUUAAGUAUAGAGCUAGCUUUUUUUUUCUCUCUCGGUAGGCCCUAUGUUAAGAUGUAUAAUUAUAAGUAAUAACUAAUUAUAAUAUGAACACUAACGGGUGUGACGAAUACACGACAUGUAUAAUAUUAAUAAAUAUAAGACAUUUUUAGUUAAAUAUAAUAUUAUAUUAUGUGCUCGUGGGCAACGAGAUCUCAUGUUCAAACGAAUAAAAAUAUCGUCGUGCUGUAUACGUAUUAAGGCGCUACUAUGUCGUGUUUUUUUUUUUUUUUAUAAAGAUUGCUGUACUUGCAUAGAGAUAAUUUUUAUUUAUUGACUUCGAAAAAUUAAUGUAGUAUACACGCAUAAAACAAUAAUCGGUAUAUCCUAAAACCGUCGUCUUCAACAAGAUGGCGUGUGCAUGACCCUUAAUCGAAAUGUAUUACCUUAUCCAAGACACACUUUAUUGCUGCCCAUAUUAUACAUAGUUUUAUAUAAUAUAUAGUAUUAGUGUGUACAUUUUAUUAUUAUAUUAAUCAAUUUAUAUACUAUUAUUAUCGUAUCAUUGUAAUUUUGUAUUAUAUUAUAAUAUAUUAUAUGAUACAAAUUUAAUAUCUGCGUUUAUUAUCAUUAGGUACUUAAUAUAAUAUAGGUAUGUGUUAAUUAUUAUUUAUUUAUACAUUUAUUGUCAUUUAUUUUUUUAUCAUUCAAAUUCAUGUACAAUACUAUUACUACGAUUUAAAGCCGUCGCAGGAUAAAAUAGCUAAUAAAUAUUUUAAUGAAUCAAUACUAUUACGAUAUUAUUAUAAUUCAUGAUAAACGUAUCUACGUAUACCUAUGCACAUCGAUUGUAGUAACAAAUAAUACAUUAUCAUUAAACGAUUUGUCCUCAUUACAUAAAAUUAUUUUCAAAUGUUAUCAUAUUAUUCAUGUUGCAUAGUAUACAUUUUAAAUAAUUGUUUAGUGCCGCAACGAUGUAGAAAAUUAUUGCUGAAAGGAGUUGGAGGUAUGGGAAGCGAUUAUAAUAUAUUCCCGAAUCUCAUCUAUCGACUAACUCAUCCGGCUCUUCGUUAUUAUGACGGUUUUUGUUUUGUUUAAAUUAUUAUAGACUAGGAUAAAAUAUCAUAUUCAAUUUGUAUUAUACCGUGUAACGCAGUUAAUAUUAUUAACAUUUUGAUGUACUGAAAUUUAAAUUUAAAUAUACUAUAUAUAGAAACAA